UAAAGAUUUUGUCAAACCCGACCGCCGGACGGAGAUGCCUGUCGACCACAUCUGGAUGUUUCCAAAUAAACCGAGCAGGUUGUGGAGUAUUUCUUCUAAGAUUGUGCUCUCUCUCGUCGGAUCUACAAGUAAACUAUGGACAGAUUGUCUGAAUUCGUUUAACAUCGUCAAUAAAGAUAUCUUGUACGAUGCCAUUGAGAAGAGACCAGUUAACCAAGGUUUAGUCACAGUUAGUAACCAUUACAGCUGCAUUGAUGAACCGGUCCUGUGGGGAAUCCUGAAGUGGAGGUAUUUGAUUGGUGGUCGGAACAUCCGAUGGACAUUAGGAGCUGACAAUAUUUGCUUCACAAAGUAUUGGCAUUCCUUAUUCUUCAGUCUUGGACGUGUGGUGCCAGUAUGUCGAGGGGAAGGAGUUUACCAAAAGAGUUUAGACUUUGUUUUAGAUCAGUUGAAUGCAGGUCAGUGGCUACACAUGUUUCCCGAAGGAAGAGUAAACCUUUCCAAAGAAUUUAUGCGACUGAAAUGGGUGGAAGUGCUGUAUGGUUCUCUCAUAUUCCUUGAUUGUGUAUCACCUCACUCACCCAAAGCUUCCAGGUUAGAUAUGAACCCUUUACCACUUUGUUCUGGUUUACCUUUAUAUUCUGACUUCAACUCACAGCAGUUGUUUACUUGGCUUCUCUCUUGUUUUCACAUUUGCAUUACAUAUCAUAAUCUAUCCUCAAUACAUUUAUCUACAGUCUUUGAAGACCCUCUGCAUUCACUGCUUAUAUUCCUCCACCACCCUCACACACAAUCACACGUACACACUCCUUCAUAUAUAUGGAUCAGGCAUCCACCACAUUUUGUCCUCCAUGUUCAUUGUCCAUCUUUCACUACCACACAUCCUGCAUCUUGGCAUAAAAGCAUUGAUCUAAAAACAGUGAUAUUUGUCGAGAUCCUUGUCAAUAAAUCAUUUUCUGGCCCGUUAUUUUUGAAAACAAGUAGAAUAAAAAAAAAAUCUUUGAAAAACAGGUAUGGGUUGGUGACUGGAAAAGCAUCCAGCUAUAAGACAAUGUCUCAAUAAUGGGUAUUCGUCCAACCCUUUGCAAAAACAGACAAGUUUCAUUCUCACUCAUUGUGCUCUAUAUUCCAUGUCCAUAUUUCAUCAUUGUACACCUUUCAUAUCUUAUACAUGCACAUACCAUGUGUAGUCCCCGAUAUUCUCUGCUCAUUACCCUACACCAUCAAACAACUCCUUACACACAUCACACAGUCCUCUU